AUGAGUCGCUAUCUAACCCCGUCUAAAAUCGCCCUACUGUGUCUCGUCUCCAUCUACACCGAAGGAGUCGUGCCCAAUUCAUCCGCUAUCCAUGUUCUCUCCUUCCUGGUGUCCUGUCUGAGUCCUCUGGACGCGAGCAAUCCGCAUUCCACGUUCUCGGGCCCAGAUAAAAAACAAUCCUCUUCCGUGUCCAUUGCCGACCUCGAAAAGGCCCUCUCGGCCCAGACCUCAUCCAUCCCAGGUCGCUCCGUGUGGGAUCUCUUUUUGCGCAAGAUCUGGUCUAUCGAUUCGUGCGAUGCCCUGGAAGUCUUCUUUUCCGAUGUUUCAGACAUCUUGGUUAAGACGCGCGACGAGCAGCUGCGGGACCGCGAUAGUGAUCUAGCGCCGGAAUCGGGCGUGAUGCGGCUGUCGCGAAAUUCGCCAUUAGGUGUAUUUGUGCGACGCGCUCAGUUGGAAUUCACAAGAUUGCAAUUUCAUGAUUCCGUCCGGCUGUGGAAGGGAUUUGUUAAAUACCGAUUGCUGACGUAUCGGGCGUGGGCAAGGAGGAAUCCUGCCGAAGAACAGGCUACAGUCGAUAUUAAUCUUCUUGAACUAGGACUCGAUGCUAAUAGCCCCCUUGCGAGAGUCGCGUAUGGGAAUAUUAAAGAUGACAAAGAGAAUGGAGAACAGUACGUUAGUACAAAAGAUAUAGAACGCUUGUUGGAAUUUCAGAUUGAAGAGUUGCAAAGACUGGGAGGGAGGGUCCCCGACGGCAUGAAGAUAACGCUAGAACAAAUUAUCAAGUCUGGCGUGACACUACCGAACCUGGUAUAUUAUCUACGAUUUCUUGAUGCUUGGAGGGCUGGGGACUACCCGUCCUCCUUUGACAAUCUUCAUCGUUACUUCGAUUACACGAUGCACAGUCGGGACCGCAGCUCGUACCAGUACGCCUUGCUGAACCUGGCAAUCCUCCAGGCCGAUUUCGGGUGCUACAGUGAGGCAGUCUUUGCGAUGCAGGAAGCCGUAUCUAUCGCUCGCGAGUCUCACGAUAUGAACUGCUUGAACUUUUGCAUGAGCUGGCUGUAUCAUUUCGGCAAGGCGUUCCCCGAGCAGAUGAAAGACGUACAGAAUACCGGCAUGCUAGGUAACGAAAAGGAGGGGCUCGCAUUCCUAAAAGCCAAGGCGAAGGAGACCGAGAUGUGGAGUUUAUUGAGUACGACCUUACUGAGCGAAGCUAAGCUCGAGCUACAAAAUGGCGAAUCGCUUUCGUCUUCGAUCGAGAAUAUCGUCCGGGCUUCUCAUCUCAACGUCACCAAGAACCUUGUGAACUCGAUGGGGCCGCAACUUCUCCUACAGGGCGCGUUAUGUUCGCGAAUCGGCGUCUCGCAUCUCUCCUGGCUCAGCAACGAGAUUUUCCGCGAAUGCUACGCUAUUCGAUCUCCAUUUGAAGAUUAUCUCAAAAGCACAUUUCGCAGCUGCCAGCUGCUCUCCCAACAAGGCCGGUACAAAGAAGUCUCGACGCUUAUGAACCAGGUCGCGCCCGAGAAACUCCGACCCUUAAAAGCCAACCAAUACUGGACCUUCUUCUCAGGGCUCCUACAACUAAAACGUCAAGUAUACUGCGACAACAAAACCGCCUGCACCUCCCUCCUCUCCCAACUCGAAGCCAUUCAGCUCCCAGACACUGAUAUUUUCCUCCUUCUCGCCUUCCAAAAAACCGACUACCUUAUCCGCCAAGGCAAUUAUACCCACGCUCUUUCUCUCGUCGAAUCUACCGCCCAGUCUCUCCACUCUGAAAAUUUCGAUAUCAAUUCUCAAGUGAAACUCCUCUGUCUGAAGGCUUCUAUCCUCGAAAAGACCGGACAGUCACAGCGCGGGUUCUCCCUCGCUAUGCGCGCCGCUAGUAUUGCCUACCGCGCCCGUCUCCUCCCGGGUCUCUGGGAAUCUAUUAUAGUACUGGCAGCCGUAUUGCUUGCACUCAGAGAAUUUGAAGCUACUACAGAACUGGUGGAGAGCGUCAUGCCGCAGAUCUUAGAGUCAAAUGAUUGCGAUCUAGCGGCGAGAGCGUACUCGUUGCUCGUGGAUGCAAAUAUGGGCGUUGCUGGGAAGGUAAGGGCCCGGGGUCAGGAGGCUUCUAAUACACAUGCGUCAGCGGUAACGAAAAAAGAGUAUAUGAAUCGCGCGCUGGAGUAUCUGGACUGUGCGUAUAAACAGUUCGAGGAGAUCAAGGAUAUCAAGGGACAGUGCGAGAUGAUGGCUAAAAAGGCGACAGUCAUGCAUCUGACAGGAGACUUGAUGCUAGCAAAUGAUUAUGCUGCAAAGUACCUGGAUUUGCAGAAACAGGGAAGAUUUGAUGUGUAG